ACUGGCUGGGUUUGAAGGUUUGAUGCGUCUGGUCGGCAGCAUUACGAAACCAGAGAAAGACAACACAAUCUAGAAAGAUGCUUUGGUUUGAGGGCUCGAUUCCCGCUGCCAUCGCCUCCGCUAAGCAAGAGAACUUCAUCUUUGUCGUUGUCAUUACAGGCGAAGAUGAGCAGUCUGCACAGCUGAUGUCCAGCUGGGAGGACGAAAAAGUCUCUGAAGCAGCACAGACAUGUUGUGUGGCGAUCAAAGUGGAUGCCAAGAGCAAGACAUGCGUUCAGUUCUCCCAGAUCUACCCAGUAGUGUGCAUUCCAUCCAGUUUUUUCAUUGGAGGGGAUGGAACUCCCCUUGAGGUCAUUGCCGGAAGCAUGUCUGCUGAGGAACUCACGAAAAGAAUCAGCAAAGUGAAACAGAUGCAAGCUGAGCAGGUUCGUGGCGGGAUCGUGGUGUCACCAGAAUCAGAAGCUCCAGCGGCGGCCAACCCGUCUGUCAGCGUACCCAUAGAGCCAACCGCGGGCGCAACAGUGCUGCCCGCCUCUCCCCCUGAGCCCACUCUGGCACUACCAGCAACCACAGAAGCUGCCCCAGUACCAGGCACAUCAAAAGAAUCCCUCUCCAGACCAGCAGAUGAAAGUGGCCUUUUGGGGGCUGAGACCCCUGGGGAGGACAGAAGUGCAUCAUCAGAUGACACCUCUCACAAUUCUCAGCCUGAUGAAACCCUGGAUGCCAAGGUGGACAGGUUGACAAAGAAACUAGAAGAGAGACGGGAACAGAAGAAAAAAGGAGAGGAAGAGAUUGAGAUCAAGAAGGAGAUGGAGCGGAGGAAGCUCGGGAGGGACAUGUCAAGCUUCAAGAGGAAACAGGAGGAGGAGAAGACAAAGCGCAUCUUGGAGGAGAGGAACUGGGAGAAGGCUGAGGAGAAGGCCGCCAGGGAGCGGGUCAAGCAGCAGAUUGCCUUGGACCGAGCAGACAGAGCAGCCCGCUAUGCUAAGAACCAGGAGGAGAUCCAGGCUGCUAAGCAAGCAGCACUACAGGCCAAGGAAGCAGAGCAGGAAGCCAGGAAGGAGGCCUUGGCCAGGGAGAGGAGUGCCAUAGCAAGGAUACAGUUUCGCCUCCCAAAUGGCUCCUUCUUCACCAGUCAGUUUCCCUCAGAGAGCAGACUGCAGGAGGCACGGCAAUUUGCUGUUCAGGAAGUUGGAAACCGCUAUGGUAACUUCUCCCUGGCCACCAUGUUCCCUCGGCGGGAAUUCACAAAUGAGGACCUGAACAAGACCUUCCUGGAGCUUGAGUUGGCCCCCAGUGCCUCCAUAGUGCUCCUGCCUCAGUCAAGUCGACCCGCCAACACGGUAGUCCAGUCUUCAGGAGGCGGCAUAUGGGCCGUGCUCGGAACCAUCCUCUACCCUCUGCUGGCUGUAUGGAGGUUCCUCAGUGGCUUCCUUUUUGCCAGCCCCCCUCCCCCCGGGGCAGCAUCCAGAGGCCCUGCCACCCGGCCCAGCACCUUCCCAAACUCAGCAUCGGCCUCUUCUGAUGAACCAAAGAGAGAAAACAUCCGCAAGCGCACUUUGGAAAAGCGGCCAGAAGACUUCAAAAAAGAUGGUAAAAUCUACCGGCUCCGGACUCAGGAGGACAGCGAGGAUGACAAUAACACCUGGAAUGGCAACUCCACCCAGCAAAUGUAAUGCUGUGUGCAAUAACUGUUUUCUCUCCCUGUCUCUUUCACCCUUCUCUCUCACCCCCCCCCCCUGACAUGGAGGGAGAUAGUUGAGUGUAAAACAGUGUAAAGUGCAGAUUAUACUGAAUUUAGGGCUAUGUUCAUGCAGGCCUUUUCUGUUUCUCUGUCUGUCUGUCUGUCCAUCCGUCGCUCUCUCUCUCUUUCUCUCUCUCUCUCUCUCUCUCUCUGUCUCUCUGUCUCUGUCUCUGUCUCUGUCUCUCUCUCUCUCUCUCUCUCUCUCUCUCUCUCUCUCUCUCUCUCUCUCUCUCUCUCUCUCUCUCUCUCUCUCUCUCUCUCUCUCUCUCUCUCUCUCUCUCUCAUCCAAGCCUAUGCCCCUACUCCUUGCCUGCAUGGGUAGAUAAUAAUGAAGAUAACUUCCUUUUGGGCUUGGACCAAGAGGUCCCCUUUGCAUUGAUAAUACUUGAUUCUGUCUCCUAGAUUUUGGCCGCCAGUCACCGCAAUUUCCUUUAUGGUUUGUACAUUGGUCAUAUUUGACUUUCAGGAGGAUUUGGUUGCCAGUGACUCAUCAAGCUGAUAAUAUGUCAAUGCAGUUGAAAUGAGUUGUUUUUCUUUAUUUUAUUUAAUAGCUGUAACACAAGAUCAAUGAAGCUCUUUUAAUGAAACUGUAUGAGCGCCUUGGCAGAAAGGGGUUUGUCUGUACAGCUGUUGGUUACCUAACAAGGAGCUGGCCUGGUGUAAGGCCAGCCUUGGCAGUAGAACGUGUUUCUACCAUUUGAAAGUAGGCAACCACUGUACUGCUCAUUUAACAUGGGAAUAAAAGCGACCUGUUUUUCAAUAAUU